UGUGUGUGUGUGUGUGUGUGUGUGUGUGUGUGCGUGUGUGCGUGCGUGCGUGCGUGCGUGCGUGCGUGUGUCAGAGAGUGCAUUAGCCGACUUGCAUACGUGGUGGUUUGACAGAAAUCUCAUUUCCCGCUGCCCACCCCUCAUCUACAAACACCCCUAGGAUUGGCAGAUCUGAUGCUGGGUUGCCAGAUCUGAAGUCCAAUGAGGUCACGGUAAUGCAUACUGGCGCCCCGUCCAGAGCCCUGCGGAUCUCAUUCACCCCUAUUCACUGGAUCUUAUUGCAUAAGGAUUCCAUGGACAUUGUAAAACUCUGUGGUGUCUAAUGUGUGUAGCAGACACCCCCCCUCCACCAACUUCUACACCACAUGCAUGCACGCUCUCUACCUCCUGUAGUUACUCCACUGCAUGGUCUGCAUUGCCUUAUGAUCCCUUGGCUGCCAUUCAGUAGCAUGAUGGGAUAUGAGAGAUGAGGGAGUUCACCGUACAUGUGGCCUGCAUUACUCCAGGCAUGCUUUCUAGGCUGAAGCAAUGAGCUGCUUAAUUAUGUAAUAAGGGAUCCACCCAUGUGUUCUGAUCACGGUAAGGACCUAACAUUCCACCGGCCCUGUUAGACACGGCAGUGUACAGAUUGAACUCCCUCACUUUAUCUAAUGUGAACAGUAGCCUCAUUAGCUAACACUGUACUAUCUUGUGUUUUCCAGGUGAUGAGAGAGGUGUGUGUUAAUGGGAGUGUAGACUUGGAUAGAGCUGGAUCUGGAUCACCAGUUCACAAACCCGAACUGGAAAAGAAGGCCUCGUGUGACAGACCGAGCUCCGAUGGUGAAGCCACUCAUGAGAACGGACAAAGCGACUGCAAGGACCAAGCAAAAGGAAAGAAGAACUCAAAGUCUGAGCAGAAGACUGGGACGGUGGGGAAGGGAGCAGGGAAGAAGAUCACUAAAAUCAUCGGGCUGGGUAAAAAGAAGCCGUCCACAGAUGAGCAGAACUCCUCAGCAGAAGAAGAAGUACCCUCAUGUGGUGAGAAAAAGACAUUAAAGUUAAUAUCCUAAAGAUCUUGUGUGUCAUCCGACCGAGUCUGACAGUCAAAGUGUUUCUACAUGUUCCCAAUGACUAAAGUCAGAGCUGAACUCCACUGAAGAAUGUUUUGGGUGUCUUUGAAGGCUAAAUGCAAUUAAUUACGUAAAUGGGGAUAAUGAUACGCACUUUCAGACAGUCUCUCCUCACAAGCAUUCUUGGUGGGAGUACAACAUUUCAAGCAGAGAUUCCCAAACCCUGGGCCAU